UCACCAUUUCAACACCCAGAAUUCAUCUAACUACCCAUCUAACAACCAAAAUCUCAACAAUUAUCCAGAUCCAAAUCAUUUUCCCAACCAACGUCAUCAAAAUCCCAACAUUUAUCAAGAUCCAAAUCAAUAUUGGUCUAACCAACGUCCUCAGCAUCCCAACAAUUAUGAAGAUCCAAAUCAAUUUUCCUACCCACGUCCUCAAAAUCGCAACAAUUAUGAAGAUCCAAAUCAAUUUUCCUACCCACGUCCUCAAAAUCUCAACAAUUAUCAACAUUCGAAUCAAUUUUCCUACCCAUGUCCUCAAAAUCUCAACAAUUUUGCAACAAAUUCCAACCAGUCAUCCUUUCAUCCCUCUAUGAGAUAUCCAUCUCAAACACCCCCGUCUAGUGGUCAUAUGCCAAUGGUGAAUGAAAAUUUUCCAGGUGUUGAUGCACCCGAAUUUCCCGAAUUUUCAACACAAAUGAGUUUUGGUGGCAUGACAGCUGCUGAUCAUACCACUCCAAAUCAAGAGGAUACAACUCCUAAGAGCAAGAAAACCCAGUCACCAGCAUGGAACACUACACAAAAUUUGGUGUUAAUUAGUGGGUGGAUUAACUGUGGAACAAGUAGUGUUGUGGGGAAAAACCAGAGAGGAGAAACAUUUUGGAGAGAUAUUGCUGAGUAUUGUAAUGAGCAUUGCUCAUUCGAUCCUCCGCGUGAUGGAAAUGCAUGUCGAAACCGCUGGAAUUAUAUGAACAAAAUACUGGGUAAGUGGAUUGGCGCUUAUGAUGCCGCUAAGCGUCAGCAAGCAAGCGGUUGGUCGGAUAAUGAUGUUUUGGCAAAAGCGCAGGAAUUAUUCGCCUGUGGGAAGAAUGUUCAAUUUACUUUGAUGGAAGAAUGGAAGCAACUCCGUGAUCUGCCACGUUUUUGUAGUCAAGUAGGAGGAAAUAUUAGGGAGCAUCAAAACAAAUUAUUGGAAGAUAGGGCACCUCGUAGCAGAAAAUAUGUCCGUAGAGAUCAUGCAGCGGCAAACCGAAGGCUAAUUGAGGACUACUUUGCCAAUGAGCCUACAUACGACGAUACAAUGUUUCGUCGUCGGUAUCGGAUGCAAAAACAUGUUUUCCUUCGAAUCGUUGCAGACCUUUCAAGUAGUGAUAACUACUUCACCCAGCGAGUUGAUGCAGCCUAUAAAGAAGGAAUAUCACCCUUGGCAAAAUGUACAACAGCAAUGCGAAUGUUAGCAUAUAGUGUGGCAGCAGAUGCAGUCGAUGAGUACAUCAAAAUCGGAGGUACUACAGCACUGGAGUGUUUACGUAGAUUCUGUAAAGGAAUCAUACGAUUGUAUGAGCACGAGUACCUUAGAGCACUAACCGAAGCUGACCUGCAAAAAAUACUACAUGUUAGUGAAAUGCGGGGGUUCCCAGGCAUGAUCGGGAGUAUUGACUGCAUGCACUGGGAGUGGAAAAAUUGUCCGAAAGCAUGGGAAGGUCAAUUUACUAGAGGGGAUAAGGGAACCACAACGGUUAUUCUUGAGGCAGUUGCAUCUCAUGAUCUAUGGAUCUGGCAUGCUUUUUUUGGAUGUCCGGGAACGUUGAACGACAUAAAUGUUCUAGAUCGGUCACCAGUGUUUGAUGACGUGGAACAGGGAAAGGCUCCAAAUGUGAAUUUCUUUGUGAAUCAACGUCCCUAUAAUAUGGCAUACUAUCUAGCUGAUGGUAUCUACCCUUCUUAUCCAACUUUCGUCAAAUCGAUUAGACUUCCUCAAAGUGAACCCGACAAGUUGUUUGCACAAGUUCAGGAGGGAUGUCGAAAGGACAUCGAACGUGCAUUUGGAGUUCUUCAAGCUCGUUUUAAAAUCAUCCGUGAACCAGCUCGUUUGUGGGACAUAGCUGAUUUGGGUAUCAUUAUGAGGUCAUGCAUCAUAUUACAUAAUAUGAUUGUUGAGGAUGAACGAGAUACAUAUGCUCAACGUUGGACCGAUUUUGAGCAAUCUGGGGAAGGUGGAUCUAGUACACCGCAACCAUACUCGACCGAGGUGUUACCCGCUUUUGCAAAUCAUGUGCGUGCUAGAUCCGAGUUGCGUGAUUCGAACGUUCAUCACGAACUGCAAGCAGAUCUAGUGAAGCACAUAUGGACAAAGUUUGCAAAUGCUUCGUGAUGGAAGAUGAUUUGUAUCGUGCUAGCUCCGGUUAUUUGUGUGU